CGUUUAUUUUGCACACAAUAUACACCGUUCAGUCGUCAGUUCAAAACGAUCUACACACACCCGUUACAGCAAAAGUAUACUUGUCUGUUUUAAGUUUUUUUUGUGUAAUUACCCUAAACGUACAUACACUAUGUCUGGACGCCCCAUGCUGUGGCAGGUUGCCGGUAGAAGAGACCCGGAACAAGAACUGGAAGCACGACAAUGGAUCGAAGCCGUGACCGGUGAAAAGUUCCCUGCCGGUGUAUCGUACGAGCAUUCCCUUAGAGACGGCAUCUUGUUAUGUAAACUGAUGAACAAACUAGCACCAGGAUGCAUACACAAAAUUAACACAUCGGGCGGCGAUUACAAGAUGAUGGACAACAUUAACCAAUUUCAAAAGGCUUGUAUCGAAUACGGAGUGCCGGACGUGGACUUGUUCCAGACGGUUGACUUGUGGGAACAGAAGAACAUCUGCAGGGUGACCAUGACCAUAUUCGCCAUCGGCAGAACGGCGUACAAACACUUGGAGUGGAGGGGUCCGUCUUUGGGCCCUAGGCCUUCGGAAGAGAACAAACGCGACUGGACGGAAGACCAGCUGAGGGCCGGAGAGGGUAUCAUCGGACUGCAAGCGGGCCAAAACAAAGGUGCCACGCAGGCCGGACAAAACUUUGGGGCUAGCAGGAAAAUCUUGCUGGGAAAAUAACAUUUCGGUUGUAACAAACGUACACAUAAUAUAUUUUCUUAUUUACUUGUGUUCGCUAAACUUAAUAAAAUUAUAAUCUAACAACAUUAUACUACUAGUUUA